UACAAAAACUUGCAUCGCCGCUGUCGGUCCAGUGUCUUCUGCUCUCGACCAUCCUUCAGCCAUGCAGCGUCUCACGGCCUCCUGCCUCCUCCUGGUUCUGGCGGCGUCUGCCGCCUACUCGGCCGUCAUCCUGGACAAUGGCGCGCCCAUCAUGUGGUCCCAGACGGCGGCGCAGAUGAGCGACCUGCCGGUGCAGGAAGGCAUCGUGACCCCUGACCCGUGGAACUUCCUGCACCGCAUGAGCUUGUACAGGCUGAUGAUCGCCAGCACGGACUCCUUCAUGGGCUCCAUGGGCGCCGGUGCUACUGAGAGUCCCCUCUGGGGCCUGCCCCUGCAGUUUGGAUGGAUGCAGACCUCAGGCCGUCUGGCUGACCCAACCGGCGCCACAACCUGCGGGCUGGCAAGCGGAGAUACCGUGUGCAUCUCACCCCAGAGCUGGUGGGGCUGCGUCAACCACUUUGUGUCUGUCCUGCCCUUCCUGUCCGCCGCCCAGCAGGGAUUCUUCGGUCAAGGAGUCCAGGUCCAGAUGCAAGGAUCCGAUGCCACAGUGGGCUACUGCACCACCUACGCCGAGUGCGCGACAAGCUACCCCGAUGUGAUGACUCAGUGGGACGCUUUCUUCCAGGGCCUGAAGGCCUCCACGGCCUCCCCCCUGCCCGAGAACGAGAAGAAAGACUCCAUCCUUGGUCUCUACUGGGCCGCACACAUGGCUUCGCUGAAUGCCGCCUCAGCCUGCAGUGCCAAGCAGACCUUUUAUUCCGCCCCUGAGGUGAACUUCGCCUCCAGCUGGCUCAGCUCGGCCGACUACGUGUCGGCGGCCAAUUUCCAGUCCUCCCUGGAGAAGUCUGUCACGUUCCUCACACCGUUGCCGGGACGCAUCCUGCAGGAGACCGACCAAGCACCCAACAUAGCUGACAUGACUCAGGAGGAGAACCACACGCUGACCGUCUUCUCCUGGAUGAAGAACAUGAACACCAUGCUGGGCGGGUCUCUGGUGCGCAUGUGGCGCAGCGCCAUGUGCUCGGUGACCACCCGAGAGAAGGGCAAAGAGAUGCUGGAGCAACUCCUCCUCAAUCCCACCUUCGCCACCACCUCCUUCCUCUCCAUCCUCACCGGCAUGGCCACAAGCUGCUGAGGGGACCAUGAAAAACACCAACUGAGCAUGUGUUUCACAUCUGUCUUUUUUUUUUUAAAUUUUUUUUUUUUUUUGUACAGCUAACAAAAUACAGCAGUUGGAUGCCAAUAGCUCAUUCUUUUAUCAAACAAUAAAAAAAACUUUA